ACACAGUAAGCAACGCUACCGAUGCAUCAUAUUGGCGAAGGGCACUGGCAAGCAAGGCCACACGUAACCGUCAACCCGCGACAGCUCUCCGCCUUUGCUCUCGGUUGGCAUCAAAGAGGCUUAGCAACGGUCGUAAGAAUGACGAUAUUAAGGCGGUGUCCGCAAACCCCCAUUGCGCCGGACUUAGGCACCUACGGACAUGUGGCCACCUCUCCUUGCGCACCUAGCAGGCCACCCCCUCGCCACAUGCGGAUAAGGCACUGCGCCCUCUCGCCCGGCUUCUCCUGCCCUCGCUUCUCUCCCCUCCGCCGACCGCUCUCCUCCCCCCCAGCCCCAGCCACCCCACACCUCCCGCCUCCUCGUGCCCUGCCUGAGCUGCUGCCUGCCGUACUCCCGAUCUACCCGGAUCUGGCUGCCGGCAUCGAGCUAGAGCGGCUGCCUCUAUGGGCGUCACUGCUAGGGCUGCUGGCGGCAAACGCAGUGGGGCUAGCGUUGGUGCUGGCCAUGCUGCGCGGGCUUCAGGACGCCAGUGAGCCGUUGACGGUGGUCAAGGUGCAGGUAGCCAUGUUGGAACGGCGGCCGCAGUUGCAGGCCAAGUUGCGAGAGCUAAGCUCCAUGAUUGAGGUGGGGCAGCAGGGCGCCUGGCUGAUCCUGGAGGAGGCCAUCCUGCAGCUGCUGCAGCACCAGAGCCACAUCGAGUACGCCUCCGUGUCGCAACAGCAGCUCACCAGCAAGAAGCGCGCAUACACGGUAUUUGGUCAAAUGUCGGCGGAGGAGGCGGCCAAGGCAAACAGAGAGGAGGCCAUGGUACGGCACAUGGGCGAGACGACUGACGAGGAGGGUGAUGACUUCAGCGUUGGGGCGCUGCUGGGGGGCAUCAUGGACGGGCUGGGCAUGCGGUCGCACCCUGCCAAGGAGGUCAUGGUGGUAACACUGCUGCUGGCCACUCGAGGGAGGCUGAACAUUGAAGAGAAGGUGACCGACUGGCCGCAGCUGCGCCAUGCGCUGCAGCAGCUCACGGGGCUCAGCAGCGACCGCAUCAUGGCAAUAGAGCUGCUGUGGACGCCGCGCAAGAACACCGACUACCUCACUCGCCAGCAGCUGGAGCGGGAUUACCCCGACUUGGUGCUGCUGGGCAAAAGCGGCACGAGCAGUGGCGGGGGUGCAGGUGGUGGUGUGGGAAGCAGUGGGGGCAGCGACGGCAGCGGCAGUGAGAGUGACAGCGGGCAGAUGUAAGAGCGGGGAUAAGACGGAAGAUGGUAGCGGGUUACUUGGCGGGAAAGCAUUCAUGCGGGGGCGCAUGCCGGCGUUCAGGGUGUUCAUGUGUUGCGUCGGGGCCAGGCUUGCGGCUGAAAACUAGGUGGCAGGGCUGUGAGACAUUGCAUGGAAGAGUUUCGCGUGGAUUUGUAGGUGAAUUCAUUAGGACUUGAGGUAGUGCCGCUGACAAACGUUGUUGCUGACAGGCCGCUUACCUUCUUGUAAAGAGGUCGCUGCUUAGUCGGUAGUCCGUAGCGCACAUGUAGGUAGACGUUAACCCUCCGGGUGGUGGUUGCCUUUUUAUUCGCUGAAUGCAUGGCCUCGUCUUAUUUGCUCAAAGCAUGGCUUGAUGCACAGUAGUCUAUGCAUCAAACCAUUAAAAGGCAUCACCGGCCGCCUUUUCGAUAUCAGUCGUAGGAACGACCGGGGCUAACAGUUUUGUGUGGUCACGUUUAGCUUUCGUCGACACUAUACCGGUAUGAUGUUCGUGGUGUGUCGGAUGCCAAUCCUUCGUACCGUGGAAUUGUGGGUAUGGUGGGGAAGCAACCGCCCGGGAUUGAAUAUGUUGCGCCUGACGCUAUCCCUGUUCAGCAAACAUUGAGGUUUUCCGGGAACCGACAGCCCUCGUGGAUGUACGGCAACGGCCAUCCGCGUGAGGGUAGGAGACCAGCGUUCCUAAGUGCUUGUGGUAAAGUGACAGUCCCACGGGUCGUACGGACGUCGGUUCCCUGAAACUGUGGCAGCAACGCAAACGAAGUAAAGGGUGCGCAGCAGUAGUACGUGUGGGA